AUGUCUAAGAUUACAGUCGCUAAUGUCCGGACGCAAGUCCAGGAGCUCCUUGAGUACUCCAAUGAGACCAAGAAGCGCAACUUCCUCGAGACCGUUGAGCUCCAGAUCGGCCUCAAGAACUACGACCCCCAGCGCGACAAGCGUUUCUCCGGCACCAUCAAGCUGCCCGCCGUCCCGCGUCCCAACAUGGCCAUCUGCAUCCUCGGUGACCAGCACGAUCUCGAUCGUGCCAAGCACGGCGGUGUCGACGCCAUGUCGGCCGACGACUUGAAGAAGCUCAACAAGAACAAGAAGCUCAUCAAGAAGCUUGCCCGCAAGUACGACGCCUUCAUCGCCUCCGAGGCCCUGAUCAAGCAGAUCCCCCGUCUCCUCGGUCCCGGUCUCUCCAAGGCCGGCAAGUUCCCCACGCCCGUCUCUCACGCCGACGACCUCUCCGCCAAGAUCACCGAGGUCAAGUCCACCAUCAAGUUCCAGCUGAAGAAGGUUCUCUGCAUGGGUGUCGCCGUCGGCAACGUCGAGAUGGAGACGGAGCAGCUCCUCGGCAACAUCAUGCUUGCCAUCAACUACCUCGUCUCUCUUCUCAAGAAGGGCUGGCAGAACGUCGGCAGCCUGACCAUCAAGGCCUCCAUGUCUCCCCCCAAGCGUCUCUACUAA